CCCUGCUGCAAGCCCUCCUGCCCGCAGGGCCCCCUGAUGACAGUGCUGAUUGGUAAAUGAUUGGCUCACUCGCUACGCUCAUGCCUUCCCUGAGUUUGUGGAGGCACUCAGGUUUGUGGAAGGAGUAUGCUAUGGAACUGCAUGAGACCAGACAAUGGACAUGUUAAAACCCUUGUCUGUUUUAACCCUGUUUCAAACCUCAUCUUCCACAGGUUCCACCAGGCGUGUGACGUAGCGAGAGUCCGGGCCUCCCAGUCCGGACAUGAGGGCGAGGCCCUUGUUGGCUUUGGCGAGCACAAGGCAGAGCGGCUCCAGGACCUGUAUGACGCCAAGGACAAGGAGAGAGUCGGUUUCGUCAAGUGGCUGAGGAGGAAGACACCGCAGCCGGGGAGUCAAAUGAAUGCUGCCCUAAAGUACAUCCGCAUGAGAGACCACGAGGUGGCGGCGGCAGCGGCCUCAGGCGGCCCUACAUCCACCCCUGCGGCCCCCGCUCCUGUGCCCAUCCAGCCGCCCCCCUCCCCCCGUCCGGCCAGCCAGGCUCAAAAGGGGCGUCUUGGUGCGGUGGUCUCUCAGUGCUUAGGGCAACAGAGACCCCUGACUCCCCAGGCGCUGCAGGCAAAGGUGAUGAAGGUCAUCAAGCCUUCCCUGAAGCCUGCAGCACCAGCGGUGUCUACUCCUCACCAGUCAGCUCAGGACACUUUCACAGACGCUGAGCUGGUCGGAGUCGUUGACAAAUAUGAGAACUGAUGGGUAAGGUUGCCUUGCGCAUACAGGUCCAAGCGCCUCAUCCUCCAUCGGCUGUGCCUCCUGUGAGGGCGCCCCCAGCCCCACCGAGGGAGGCAGCUGUGCCUCCUGUGAGGGCGCCCCCAGCUCCACCGAGGGAGGAGGAGGGGCAGCAACUACCCCUGCUGCCA